GGUUAGCUCAGCCAGACGCUGCAGCCGGAGAGACGCAACAUGGCGGAGAGAGGCAGCGAGAAGCCGCGGUCCGAAUGUUCUCCAGCCCCGCUGUAGAACUGUUCGGUGUUGGCCAGGUUUUACCGCUUUAAGGCGAAUGGAGACAACUUCAAGAGACAAACGGCUGUGGAAAAUAGUCGCGAGGGAGCUAUCUGAGAUGAGCCGACACGCGACAGGCGUCCAGGGGUCGGUGCAGGAGUGCCCCCCCCCCUCCCCGCCGCUGCCUGCGGAUCAUGUGCUCCACUCUGCAGCCGUGUUGUUCCCUGGUGCUUUUGAUCAACAUGGCUGCCCUUUGAUCGUGUUUCCAGUAGAGGAACAAGCCAAACUCUCCUCAGAACUCAGCAAAGCAGAAGUGGUGGACUUCAUAAAUCACUUUCUGGGUCUGCACAAUAGGAAGCAGGAGAAGGAGGGCUUGGUGUCAGUGGUGGCUGAUCUGAGGCAUGCAUCCCUCCAAACCUCCAGGUUCAUUGCUGAGACUCUGCUCCUGCUCGAGCUGCACAAGAGGACCGUCCACAGUGUGUACAUAAUUCAGCCCAAAAAGAAGGAUGUUGUGAAGCUGUUGCUGAAGCUCCUGGCUCCGUCAAAGUGCUACACUGCCUCCUUCAAGAAAGUCCUUCUGAAAGAAAUCUCAGAGCUCUCCAACUACAUUGACCGAAGCCAGCUAACGCCAUCACUGGGCGGCUACCUCGUGUACUGCCACCAGAGCUGGGUGGCCUUCAUUAAGGAGGUGGAUGAGUUUGUUCAGGACUUCCUGUCGGUGGUCCAGCGGCUGCCCUCGUGUAUCUCCACCCUGCAUGCUCUGUCCAGGCUGCCGCUGCCCUCCACCUCCAGAGAGCUGCAGCACUUCUGCUGCACCAACGAAGCCACGUUCCUGCAGCUCAGGAGGUCAGACUCUCCACUGUUCUCCUACUCCACCUAAAGCCCAGUGCUGGUUCAGGACAUCUGAGUGCAUUUUAUUGACUGCAGAAUCAAAAAAUCAGGUGAAUGUAAGGUUAGCUGACGUGAUUCAUUUCAUUAUUUACUCUACUUCUCUGUAAAGGAAAACUGCAAAGUGACUUGUUAAACCUCAAGUGUUAAUGGUACCUUGAAUGUCAACCGCAAAACAGCAUUUAAUUUACAAAGGCAGCCUAUUCCAUCGGAAUGAGACUACAAUGCAGGAAGUUAAAUCUGUAGGCAAGUGUAACACAUUUCCACGAAGAACCAAGAAACCCAACACUUUAGUGUUCCCCGCAGGGAGCUGGGUCUGGAUGAGCUGCUGAGGCACUGUGAGGGUAUCGUGGAGAAGCUGCGGCACCCUGAGAAGG